CUGGGGCUGGUGCUUGGAGCUGGACAGAGAAGGUCUCAGGCUGGGGGGUCCCGACGAGUUUCCAGAUCUCUCCCUCCUGAGCAGCGAUGGGGGCUGGUUGGAUCCUGGGGACCGGGAGCCGCUGGGCUGGGGCUCUGCUGGUGACACUGACGGUGCUGAGAACCCACCUGGCUCAUUGCACGGAGCCCCCAGGGCGGUUCCUCUUCCAGGCGAAGGCCGAAUGUCUCUACACCAACGGCACCGCGCGGGUCCGGUUCCUGGAGCGAUACUUGUACGGCCGGCAGCAGUUCGUGCACUUCGACAGCGAGCUGGGGCGGUUCGUGGCGGACACGGAGCUGGGGCGGCCCGACGCCGAGUUCUGGAACAAGGACCCGGCGACCCUGGCGGACAACCGGGCCGCGGUGGACCGGUUCUGCCGGCACAACUACGCGGUGGCGCAGACCGGGAGGAUGGUCGGCCGCAGAGUUAAGCCCGAGGUGAAAGUUUUCCCCACAAAAUCGGGGUCCGAGUCCCACCCCCACCUGCUGGUUUGCUCUGUGACUGAGUUUUACCCUGGGAGGAUCGAGAUUAAGUGGUUGAAGAACGGGCAGGAGCAGACGGCCGGGGUGGUGUCCACGGAGCUGCUCCAGAACGGAGACUGGACCUUCCAGAUCCUGGUGAUGCUGGAGAUGAGCCCCCAGCGCGGGGACGUCUACACCUGCCAGGUGGAGCACAUCAGCCUGCAGGACCCCCUCACCGUGCACUGGGAGGCGCAGUCUGACUCCGCCAGGAGCAAGAUGCUGACGGGGGUCGGGGGCUUCGUGCUGGGGCUGAUCUUCCUGGUGCCAGGACUCCUCAUCUACCUGAAGAAUAAGAAAGGGCGCCCCGUUCCCCAACCUGCAGGGCUCCUGAAUUAGAUCCUGGGCGUCGGAUCCCCCGGCCGGCAGGAGUUUCCGUCCGUCUCUCCCAGCCCCUCACCCAGCCUGGAGAAUGCAGAACCUGGGGCCGGUCCCUUCCCAUCACCAUCUGCUCCCCGCGCUCUGCCUGGCUCCAGCCCGCGCUGCCCCCGCCAGGGGACCCAUCCCUGCCCCUCAGUCCCCACAGGGCCCUGGGGCGACCCUGUCACACUGUCUGGAGUGGCUCACGAGUGUGGAUACCAAUCUCAGUGGCACCCAGGGCACCAACCCCAAAUUGGCUGAGAUCUGUACUGAGAUUUCACCAAAGUAUCGGGUGUGAACUCUGCAGGCCCUGUAACAACGUCACCGCGGAGCCACAGACAGUCCCCUUGGGCUCUCCCAUCUGUCUGGCCACCCCGACCAGCCUGCCCUUGUGAUCCAUCGAUCGUCCCUUCCCCCACAAAUCACAGCGAUAUUCGGGUCUCUCCCUGUCCCAAAGGACCAGUCACUUACCCCAGGGCAGUUGCACCUUUCGUCUCGCUCCACAGACAACGCUUGUAGCCAAUCCUGUAAUAACCUCAGUAAAGAUUUGUUAACGAAGA